GCGCAGCUGGUGCUCGGGAGAUAUUGCCACAGCAUUAAUAAUCCCCAAUGGUUAGAUAUGGCAAGGUCCGAUAUUCUGAAAACCCUGCUAUAUACAGUCAACACUUUACUACAGCAGGAAAAAUACAAAGCAGUUCUUGCUGUGCUUAAAGGAUUCAGAAAUGGCGCGGUGUACGGUGCCAAGAUCCGGGCUCCGCAUGCACUGGUGAUGACAUUUCUUUUUCGAAGUGGCAGCCUUCAAUCCAAGCUAAAAGCAAUAGCCCAGGCCACAUAUACACACUCAAGGAACCUAGCCUACUUUGUAUUUUCCUAUAAAGGACUGUUGGCUCUUCAGAAGUAUAUUCAGGGAAAGAGUCUUCAGUCUCAUUCAUUCUUGGCUGCCUGUCUCGGAGGUUGGCUGGUAUUUGGGGACAAUAACAAUAUCAAUAGCCAGAUAAACAUGUACCUGCUAUCUAGAAUUCUUUUUGCCUUAAGUCGGCUGGCUGUAGAAAAGGGCUACAUCCCCAAGCCCAAAAGAGACCCCUUCCCACUGUUUGCCAUGCUGGUGUGGGGCAUCGUCCUAUGGCUAUUUGAGUACCAUCCUCACACCCUGCAGCCCUCACUCCAGUCCUCCAUGACCUACCUCUACCACGACAGUAACACAUGGCAUGACUUCUCUGACUUUCUCAUAUACAACAAACCACAGGUUUAAACUUGUAAAACAUUGAUCUUUAUUAAACCACAGCUAAUGAUGGUGGUCUGAUUAAUUGAAUGAGUCAGUCACCAGUGACUGUUCUAGGUUAUGGCAUUUUAUUUUGGAAUAUUAACCAUUAUAUCUGCACUUUUAUAUAAUUUCCUGUUUGUAAUUUUAAAUGAACAUAUGAUAAAAUGUACAUUUGAUUUUUUUUUACUUUUUGCACAUUUGUGUUCAAAAAGGGAACAACAGUUGGCAAACUGAAUAAGAAAAAAAGAUUGAAACUUUGCUAUUAAUUUAUAAUAAUGUACUUUAAAUACCUAUUUAUAGUUAUAGUUAACAAUUGUCUUUCUUUAAUUUAGGAGAAUGUCAAAGGUCCUUUUUUGAACUACAUGUAAUAUCUUUUGCAACAAUGACUGCAAACAGUACUUUUUUUGUCAGUCCAUGUCACUCAUGUCCUAUCACUUAUGCAUAAUUACUUUUAGUUUAUGACCUAUUUUCUGAAUAUUCCAUAACAUUAAAAAAAAAACUAAUUACAUUUAGAAGGUACUGAUAAGCAGCUAACACAAAUGGUGUUUGAAAUAAUGGUUAAUGAUUAAAGACACAUCAGUUUGAAAUGGCUUUGUUUUGUAGUAGUGCUUUGCAUGACCACAUUUGUGGAGCAGCAAGACUCUGAAGAUUGGGCUUCUGUUUUUAUCUUGAAGCAUGGAGUAAACACACUUUUUUGUCCAGUUGUCUUUAAAUGCUGUUAGUUGUUUGUUUGUUUUAAGCAAGCAAUAUCCUUACUUCACUAAUCAAAGCAGAAAGAGAUAAAUAAAAUGCAAAGGUCGUGAAAA